UUCCAUUUCAAGUCUGAUAUUGUUUUGAUUGUUGUUUUGAUAAAGUUGUUUGUUUGUUUUCACACAGGUGCAAACCCCGAGGCCGGUCAUGCCGAUGAAGGUCACAACGCAGAUGGCAUGGAGGUGGGUUCAGGUGGCGUGUUUUGUAAAGCUGUUGCCCGUUCAGGGAAAAUCAUGUGUGCUCGUCCUCAGAAAGGGAAAAUACAAGAUUAUAGCGAGAAAAACGUCGAUCGCAUCGUCAUUGAGUUCGACAGUUUGCAAGAGAAGAACAGUGGUGGUAACAUGGUUGGAAAAGCCGGGCGGAAAGGACAUCAAUUUGACUCGUUUGCUGGUCAAGACUUUAAUUUUGCCGGCUUGAAAGAUGUAACGUAUCAAGGGCUUCAUGCAAAAAAUUUCAAUUUCUCUUCUUCUCUACCCGGGCCGAACGCAACCUUUACGGUUUUGGCGUACAUGUUUGAAGAUUUUGGAAACAUCACGUUCGGGAACGAGACUUCAGAGAUGAGGAAAGGCAUGCUCAAGUUUAACAUUCAGGUAUGGCUAAUAGUAUGAAGAUUAGGAUCAGAGAAUUGUACUCGACUGAAAACAUGAAAUUUUGUCGAAGGUUACACCAAAACAUUUUUACUAUGCUCAAUCGAUAAUUCAAAACAAAAACUUUAAGGGCGCCUCAUCCUCCCCUCCCUCCCUCCCCUCCCCUCCCCUCCCCUCACCCCUCUCCCUCACACCAACCUCCCAUUCCUCCCACCAACAGGUAAGACUUGCCAAGAAUAUAAGGCUUAUUUAGACCACGACAUUUUCCUGGAUCAAAUUCUCAAGUGCAAGAAAGGAAAGCAGGCUCACUGUUGAUAGCACUCAGGCUACGGAAUUUAUUUCUUGUUGAUCUGUAACCCCGAGGGAAUUUUUAAGAAGCUUAGUCAUUUAUAUGUUUUAGAUCACGGUCUGGUUUUAUUCGCUGACAAAUCAACACAAAUUCUUUCACAUAAUAUCCAGCUGGCUCCUGUUCUUCCCUUAAUUUCCCUAGUCUUUUGCAAAUUUACUCUCUACAAUGUUUGCUUAAAAUUUCUAAAAUCCACCAUGGUGCGAUCUCUUGACUUACCAACACGUAGAAGUCUACCAAUGGUUUUUCCCAAGAAUCACCGCCUUUCAAACGGAAAGGGUUAUUAAAGUGUUUUUCUGGGAGACUUCAGCCGUUCCAACCUUGACUAGUUGCAUUUGAAACGGUUUUCUCCAAGAGAGCACGACGUCCGUUGGUGCUUAGCGCCCUCGUCGAAAGAAUUAGCACGAUUUGCAUUACACGGACGGAGAUGUGCGAAGAACUUCAGCAUUAACUAUCUCUUGUUUUCAGAUUGAAAACUGGAAAUUCUGCUCCAAUUCAAGUGAUGACUGCGAGAGUGCUGAUCGAGGAGAAUUUAUAGAUGUCACUUUAGUCAUCAAAAGUAGAGGAAAACCAAAGUUUCGUUCCGAAGAAGAAAAAGAAAAGCUAUUAAAAAAAGCUCGCGCCGGACGACACGGUGGACAUGGAGGAGGAGAGGGACAUAACCAUAACGGUGGAGAUGGAAAAGAAAAAGGUUCACAGGAAUACCAUCCCAGGUGCUUCAAAAGGGGGAAGUACAACAAAUGUCCCAAAGAGUUUGAUAUCGGAGGGGGAUCAGACAUGAUGCUCAGCUCACAGGUAAAACAUUAUAAGUUCACGGGCGAAAUGCACUAAAUUUCUCUGAGAAGAAAAAAAAACAUAAACUAGCCAAGAAAACCAUUUUAAAAUGUCAGAUGGGUUAUCAGUUUACUGAUAAGUCUUGGUCUUAGAACAUACGCCCACGUCCUCCUUUACCUCGAUUUAUCUAUGAAUUAAGUGAACAGAGAACAGCUGUUCUUUGAAGCAGUCUCCUUGCCUGAGAGAAGUUGCUCAAGAUUAAGGCUACAUGUCGAUUUUAUUAAUCCUUUGGAUGUGAUCAUUAUGGUUAGCACCAGACCACUUAUAACCAAGGUUACAUGCUUCCAAUGGCACUCAGGAUAGGAAGUGUUCGGCUAAUAAGCUUAUAUUAUGAGUCCUGGUGUUGCUUAUUUUAUAUAAUUUUAUACAUAGAAAAUACUCCUGAUUAACUUUUUACUUACCUCUUAACAUAUAUAUAUAUAUAUAUAUAUAUAUAUAGAUAGAUAGAUAGAUAGAUAGAUAGAUAGAUAGAUAGAUAGAUAGAUAGAUAGAUAGAUAGAUAGAUAGAUAUAGCUCUUUGGCAUACAAAGCUUUGCUUUCAUGUCCAAAUUGAGCACUCUACUAGGAUGAGUCAUUGCUGCUAGCAUUAUGCAUGCUCACUAGUUUUUCUAGUUUGAGCACUCUGGCAUGACUUAGAUGGUACCACAUGUGUGAGAUCACUUGGGGUGGCUAUAUGGCCUUACCUCCAUCUUAGCAUCAGCACCGCGCUGAUGAGGCCCAGAAGGCCGAAACAGUACUGUCUGCAGUUAGUUAUAUAUAUAUAUAUACGAAACAGGCUUGUCGGGAAAUGUAGUUGCGUCGUUUUUUCCUCUCAUAAUAUUUAUUCUGCUCUGCUUCAACGUAUUGAGCACUGUUCCACGCGAAAAUCGACUUGCAGACUUCCUAUAUAUAUAUAUAUAUCAGUAAUCAUAUACUCCAGCUCUUACUCAAAACACAAAGUACUCCAAUUAUAUUUGUCAAUUCAUGUAAUUAUUUGUCAUAAGGUGAGAAGGGGUGCAUUAAGAUUUUUGUUGUACACAAUUGGCACAGAGAGGUCCCAUUAUUUUCUCUUGACUUAAAUUAAAACAUGGGGUGACGGUUUUCGGAAUUACAUCCUCUAUCCCUGGGGGAUGUUGAGUCUCGACUCGGUGUCAUGUCAUGCUAAUACUGUAGUGUCUUAAAUAAAUAAAUAAACACAGUAUAAAUUCCGAGUUAUAACACACACAUGGCUAGAACGCAACUUUGUACACAAUUCCGAGUCACGUGAUAAUCGCACUAGUCCCAGGACUCUACAAUUGCAAUAUUGGCAGAGUGUAGAGGGCGUGUCAGGCGUGUCUUUCCCCUCGGCCCCCUAGAGGCAAGAGGUGCAAAACACAGGAAUACCACUUAUGAUAAUCACCUGGCCUGCUAUAUUUGUUGCAGGUGAUGGUGGACGAUGUUGUGAUGGAUAUGCCUGGAAAUGGUGAAUAUCCUAAGUAUAAGGAACUCGGAAACAAACAAAAAUUUAUCUUCCGAUUUCCGAAGGCUGCAAGCAAGAUUUUAUACGAUCCAGGCCUUGAGGUCGGAGCGCAGUCUAGUAAUGAGAACAAAGUAGAGUCUGGAAAAGUUAACGUUCUGAUGUUCGUUACUUUGCUAGCUUACCUUUUCACUUUUUGA